UCAUACUCUGUAUUCCGUGUAUGGCUAUAUUUCUGGAUUUAACUCAUUGAAGCACAAUUUUAAAUCUUUCUACAAUUAUUACUUCUCUCUAGUCUCUAUACACCUAGACUAGAAACAUGCCCUGAAUUAUUCACAGAAGCUUCCCUUUUCCUUGCUCCAAUUCGACUAUUCACCCUUCUUCCAUACACAUUCACCCAGUCUGCUUUACUGCAGAUGUUUAUGAGUUCUGUGAUUGUACAAUAUGUUUGACUGUGGUUCUAAGUCUCAGUACUUGGGUGGAGAGCGAGAGAAGUUUGUAAGGCUGGAUGACUUGGAUUCCAGGCUUUCGUCACCAGCAUCAUCAGUAGCAGCAAACAAAUGCAGUUUCGGCAUUGAGGGUUUGAGACGUGUGGGCCCCACAACUAGAGGCACAUCAAGUUCUUUCAAAAAAGGAAUGAGAAAAAGUUCUGAAGGACUUAAGUCAAUAGGCCGGUCUCUGGGAUUCGGUGUAUCCCGAGCUGUUUUUCCGGAAGAUCUUAAGUCCUAUGAGAAGAAGAUAUUUGAUCCUCAAGACAAAUUGCUCCUUCUAUGGAAUAGGCUAUUUGUCGUAUCAUGUAUCCUUGGCAUCUCGGUGGAUCCUCUGUUCUUCUACCUUCCAGUUUUUGAUAAAAAUUCACAUUGUCUGGGGAUAGACAGAAAGUUGGCUAUAAUAGCCACAACGUUGAGAACAGCUAUUGAUGCCUUUUAUCUUUUACAUAUGGUGGUUCAAUUUCGCACUGCUUAUAUUGCCCCUUCAUCUCGGGUUUUUGGCCGGGGUGAGCUUGUGAUUGAUUCUGGACAAAUUGCUAAACGCUACUUGCGCUUCUAUUUUAUAGUUGAUUUUCUUGCGGUUCUCCCUUUGCCUCAGAUGGUAGUCUGGAGAUUUCUGCAGAGAUCUAAAGGGUCAGAUGUUCUAGCCACAAAACAAGCUUUGCUUUAUAUAAUAUUGUCCCAGUAUGUGCCCAGAUGUGUUAGGGUCAUACCCUUAACUUCAGAACUGAAAAGAACAGCUGGUGUCUUUGCUGAAACUGCAUGGGCUGGUGCUGUCAGCUACUUGAUACUGUACAUGCUCGCGAGUCAUGUAGUUGGGGCGUUAUGGUACUUGUUAUCAGUGGAGCGCUAUGACACAUGCUGGCAAAGAGCUUGUCAUGAUAACAAAACGUGCAACACUAAUUUCUUGUAUUGUGGCAACCAAUUCAUGAAUGGAUUUGCUGCUUGGAACAAAACCAGUGGUCAGGUACUAAAUGCAUCAUGCACUUUAGAUGGCAAAGAUUCGCCGUUUGAUUUUGGAAUUUUUGAGAGUGCCUUGUCAUCUGGCAUAGUGUUCUCUAUGAAGUUCUUGUCGAAAUAUUGUUACUGCUUGUGGUGGGGACUCCAGAAUUUGAGCACACUGGGUCAGGGCCUCGAAACAAGCACAUAUCCCGGAGAGUCAUUAUUCUCAAUUGCACUUGCCAUAUUUGGUCUGGUUCUCUUUGCAUUACUUAUUGGUAACAUGCAGACAUAUCUCCAAUCCCUAACCAUUCGACUGGAAGAGAUGAGAGUUAAAAGGCGGGACUCGGAGCAAUGGAUGCAUCAUCGCUUACUUCCCCAAGACCUGAGGCAGCGAGUUAGGCGCUAUGAUCAAUACAAAUGGCUAGAAACUCGUGGAGUGGAUGAAGAGGCUAUUGUUCAAAGUUUACCAAAGGAUCUCAGAAGGGAAAUCAAACGCCAUCUCUGUUUGGCUUUGGUGAAGAGGGUCCCUCUUUUUGAGAACAUGGAAGAGAGAUUGCUGGAUGCCAUAUGUGAGCGUCUCAAACCAUCACUCUACAUCGAGAAAACAUAUAUUGUGAGAGAAGGGGACCCAGUUGACGAGAUGCUCUUCAUCAUACGUGGCCAUCUCGAGAGUGCGACGACCGACGGCGGGAGGAGCGGUUUCUUUAACCUCAGUAAGUUAAAGGAGGGAGACUUUUGCGGGGAAGAGCUCCUCACAUGGGCUCUUGACCCCAAAUCUGGCGCCAAUCUUCCUUCGUCGACCCGGACGGUGAGGGCCUUGACAGAGGUGGAGGCUUUUGCACUGGCAGCAGAUGAGUUGAAAUUUGUAGCCGGCCAAUUCCGGCGGCUCCACAGCCGGCAGGUCCAGCACACUUUCCGAUUUUACUCUCAGCAGUGGAAGACAUGGGCAGCUUGCUUCAUACAGGCAGCGUGGAGGCGGUACGUGAAGCGGAAAGAAGCUAUGGAGAUGCAGAGGAAGGAGGAAGAAGAAGAAUUGGCGGCUGCAGCGGCCAGAGCGAGUACCCAUGGGACUUAUAGCAUUGGGGCGGCCUUUUUGGCUUCUAAGUUUGCUGCUAAUGCUCUUCGGGGCGUUCAUAGAAACCGGAAUCUUAAGGGUGGCGCUGCCAGGGAGUUGGUUAAGCUGCAGAAACCGCCAGAACCUGAUUUUAGUGCUGACGAUGCUAAUUAGUUUGUGUUUGUUUGUAGAUAUGUAUACAUAUUUUGCUUUUGUUUUUUAUAUUUAUCUGCUGAUAUUGUUGUUUGCAAAAGGCAAAUUUACCCUUAAAUUUAAGUGUCUGUAAUCUGUAGUAUAUUUAUGUAUGUAUCUACUUGCCUUUGUGUGCUUAAUGGAGAUUUGAGACUUUCAAGUUUCAAGUUAGGUUUCAGCUUUUGCUGCACACAGUACUUGCACAGAGUUGCACACAUAUUUGAUGAGUAUCGGGUCAAAUAGACUUUUAUGCAUGUCUAAAUCGUUCAAUUUAG